GGCCGGCCGAGGCUCCUUCCUUCGCGGCGAAGGCUUUUUGCAGGCCGUUAUAAUCCCAAAUCAACCAACCAACCGUCCCCUCGCGUCGCCAGCAACUCCGACGAUGACCGUGGAGGCGGAGCGCGACGGCGAGGAGCAGCGCCGCCCCCUCCUCUCCGCCGCCGCCUCGCCGCAGCCAGCGGCGGAGCACCCGCACCAGCACCAGCACCAGCAGCAGUACCAGUACCUGGGCCGGAGCAGCUCGUCGGCGCUGCGCGGAGGCGGCGGCGGCGGCGGCGCGGGCUGGAGCGUGGGGCCGGAGAUCAGCGCCGCGGAGGUCAGGUCGGCCGCGUCGAUCUCCUCCGCCAGCUACUACCCUCCGCCGCCCGCUGUCCACCACGACGUGUACCCGCCGGACAUCCACCCCCCCUCCCCGUCGACUGCCCCUACACCUCCGCAUCCUCACGCUGCAGGAGGAUUAGCAAUUGUUCCUCAAGGGCCGUAUCCGUAUGGCGGCGAAUACCAGCCCUCUCAUGAUGGCAGAAGGGAUGUAUUGGAUGAGGUAGAGAUCCGCCAGCUCCUUAUUGAUCAUGUUGGGCACCGAUGCUGCUGGGGAAGUAGGCCUGCUCGCACAUGGAAAAUCACCUCCAUUGAGGAUUGCAAUGUGUAUGUUGGAACUUUGGAAACUUUCAUCGAGGAAAGGGAUACUGUAACUAACAAGGAACCAUAUCAGGGUGGGAAAAUAGAUGGACGGGACAAGGGUCAUGUGCUUGGAGUUUGGGAACUAGAUCUGAGGUCUGAAUUUCCUCUACUCUUUGUACCAGAAAAAGAAGUAAUGGUCAAGAUUCCUCAUUCAGAAGUAAUUGAAAAAUGCUUAGAUUGCGAGGGGCGUGGAGAGAUGCCAUGUCCUACUUGCAAUGCUGGUCAGGAGCACGGAUUUUAUAAGGCAAAUCAGAUGACCCGAUGCAGCACAUGUCAUGGGAGGGGUUUACUCGCUCACCAAGAUGGAUCUGAUACAGUAUGCGGAAUGUGUAGUGGUAAAGGAAUGUUGCCUUGCAUCGCAUGUGGAUCACGUGGCCUAGUAACAUGCAAGACAUGUAUUGGCUAUGGUUCCCUCCUUGCUAAAAGCACUGCUCAUGUUCGAUGGAGAACACUGUCAGCAAGAAAAGUGAGCGCAACUAGAGGAGCUGCCUCUGUGCCUGACGAAGUAUUUCACAGAGCCCAAGGGGUUCAGCUAUGCAACAUACAGGCGUACCAAUGCACUCCUGCAUUCUUUGCCGAUUCAUACCAGCUCAACCAGUUCUCCUCAGAAGUUGUAGCUAGCCGUAUUCCAGUCCCACCAUCCGCGAGGGUCAUUUCCGAGAGACACAUCAUCUCCGUUGUGCCUGUGAUCCGUGUCACAAUGUCUCGUCGCAAGCAAUCUUUCAGCUUCUACGUCGUCGGCUACAGUAGGGAUGUUUUCAUAAGGGAUUACCCUUCCAAGUUCUGCUGGGGCCUCUGCUGUUGCUUUGAAUGGCUGCGUAACUAGUUAUUUGUUCCCAUGCGACAUAUUUUGAGUGUGCAGUAUUUUCUUUUAUAUAUUAUACAAGCUGUGUAUAAAGAGGAUUGAAAUAAGCAUGACAACCAUGUUAUGCAUUUUUAUACUAGUACAGAAACUGUAUCCGAAUCUGGUGCUUCUGCCGUGUAGACCAUAACUGCAACUACUGCUCGAUGUGAAUAAAAUCAGUCAUAUUGUGAUCAA